AUGUCCUGGCCACCUCCCCGCGACGAACUCACAUCGACAGUCUGUAAUGCUGUCCAGCAGCUUACGCGUAAUAGGAAGGCUAACUUCUUGUUGGAUACUGCGUUGGCGCUGAUUGAAGCCGGACAAUAUGGUGCAGACGUCGAGAAUUACCUUGAAGUAUACCUGAAGACACCCGGACUGUCGAAGGAGGACAUAACUAGAGCCUUAUUGGCUCGGGGUAACGCUCGAAAACGAGGUGGAGAAGGCUUAAUAGCUAAAGCUCAGGAAGACUUUCAGGCUGUUUUGAAACUGGAUCCAUCAAACCGGGAACUCCAACAUACUCUCCGACGCAAAGUGAUCCAUUUCUCAAACGAACCUGCAUCUCAGCGGGCACCACUGGAAGUAUGGGAAAGAAUCGCUUCCCAUAUACCACGAUACCAUCUACGAACAUGGCUCUUCCUUUCCUCGUUUCACCGAGAUAUUGCAGUUCGACACAUCUUCCACACAGUGGACAUCUAUUUCGGGGAUGACCAACAGGAAAACCUAAACAGAGGGUUGGAUAUCUUCGAUCGAGCAAAAAACGACCCUGUCUUUGCCAGCCAAGUCAAGUCGUUGAGGUUGCAUUGGGCAUACGAGGAAGGCGACAUGCUGGAUCUGAUGACCCGCAUCUUCAAAACUGCCUUGCCGGAGUUCAAAGCAUUACGGGAUUUUGAAUGGAUUGGAUACCCCGAGAUGCGUGCGGAUAUGGUUCAAGCUGUAUACGCCAGCCACAAACAUCUUCAUGGCCUGGGACUCAUAGGGUGGCACUUCGACGCUGUUGGUGUUUCUGCAUUCCGUAAUCUACGAAAGUUCACUCUACGAGCCGAAGACGACGAUGGCUUCGCGGACAUGGGCGAAGUACGGACGGUGCUCGAUCAAAAUGAAGCCACCUUGAAGCAUCUCAUUCUAGGAGCGUUCCUUGAGAGGCAGCACUCCUGGGACUCGGCUUUCCAGUCCGUGACGAUAAAAAAUCUCACCCACCUCGACCUUGUGGACACUCGUAUCUCGCACAUCGUCCUUGCCCGCAUCGCUCACGCACAUAACUUGCAAAGUCUUACUUUGCACGGUACAUUUGAAGAACCAAGCUCAGCGGCCGUCGUCUUUGCGAGCGACCACAUCAUCGAGGGCCGGCACACAUUUUUACCACAUCUCGAAUCAUUCCGCUUCCUCCUCGUGGGCCAUGAUGAUGACCAUGCAUUAUAUAACUCUGUCACUCGGUUCCUGCGCCAACGCCAGAAGCUUAGGAGGUUAGAUCUUGGCAAUUGUCCAUGGGAAAUGGUGCUCGCACUUUUACCCGACCUCCGUAAUCUGCGCGUAUUGGGUGUCAAAAUUGCCAAUGUCAGCCAAGCUCCCAUAGAUGCUCUCAUAGAUGCUCUGCCAGAAGAAAUGCAAGCCAUCAACUUAUCGACUGUUGUCUCCGAAAAGCCUAUAAAUGAGUAUGCUACAUAUUUCUCCGGCUUCCCCGCCCUCUCCUUCCUCCACUUCCACUGCGCCAACAAACGGCGUCCGAAACCCAAUCUUAUGUCCGAAAAGGACUUCCAAGUGCAGACCGAUAUCUGGAUAUCCAGCGCACGGAGUGUCGCCACCGCAAUUCCUUCCCUCGAUUUUCUCGGCUGGCACGGAGAACAUUACGUUGUCGUUCGCACUGAUAGCAGUAAUGAGAUGUACGGAUGUGGUAGUGUUGAGCUUAAAGAGCUACCAACGCGUCGGAGACUAGACUGCGGCAAGGGUGUUGAUCUUGGCGGGGAGGAUGCGGCGUGGCUGGAGAGGAAGGACGUUCCCAUGGAUUACGAGAUGCCGGGCUUGGAUUAA